CAUGUCGCGAGGUCAUUUUUUCAAUUUAGUCCUUGCCGUUCUCCCGACCAAACCCGCGGUGCUCGUCCUUCCUCAGUCUUCUCCGACGCCGGCUGAUUUGGUCGCCGCGCCCCCGCCGCCUCCGCCUUGCUUCCCUCCCGCCUCCCCACACCGGCGCCUUGUUCCCCUCCCCUCCGACCGCCGCCUCGUUCCCCUACGCCCGCCGCCCGCGAAGGUUCAAUUUUGGAGACCACCGUCUGCAGUCCUCGCUCUCCUUCCGCCUGCGCUCGUCGUGAAUCACCUCCUCUCCGUCGACCAUGAAGAUCGCCCCUCCAUGGACGCCGUCGACCCGAGCACUGGGAAGCACGGGUGCCCCUUCUCCAAUCCGCAAACGGUGCCUUCCACCAGCGGCGCUCCGUCCGACGGAGCCGUCCUUCCCCGAGGGUGGCGAGCCGGAGCUGGCACUGCCCUUCGUCGACCCCCUCCUCGCCGUAUGGCUGCCUCGCCGCCCAGCAGCCACCACCACUGUCCACCUGGCCGUCAACCUCAUCCACUACUACAGAGCGAAGGUGAGAUUCAGUGUACUCUACGAACUGCUUCAAAAUGUAGGGCAUUUUGGGACACACACAGCGGCAACUCAAGGUCCUUUGAAAAUCAGAUCGUCCUAUUUGCAAUAUCAUGGGCUUUCACAAAGACAAGUAUAACAAGGAUUCCAAUGAGAAAUAGCGCCUAAAGAACAAGUUAUUUUUUCCCAUAUUUUGGAAAGAACCAUGCACAAAGGAAACAAACACUUCAUCUGAUGGAGUACCUUCUUCAACUAGCAGUACUCUGAUGGAGUAACUUCUUCAGAGGGCAAAUAGCACCAGCAGCAUCAGUCAUGGCGGCAGUCAACAGCAACAACAACAGCACAGGCAGAGGAGCAGUAGCAUCAACACGGAUCAACAACAGCAGCACAGGCAGAGGAGCAGUAGCAUCAACACGGGAAGAGGAGCAGCAGCAGUACCACGGGCUAGCUCCAAUGGCGGCAGGGGAGAAACAGAGGAGAAACAAGAUGCAGCAACACGGGCUAGCACCACUGGCGGGCACGCAGGCAGAGAAGGAGCACGACGGCUGCGCGUGGGAGCUCGACGAGGACUCGCGGGAGACCACGGAGGGCGCGCGCGAGCUGCUGUCCACCAGAUCAUGGAGGCCGGCUCCGGCGAUGCCCGUAGUUGGAUCGCGGUGGCGCACGGGAGGCAGCUCAAGGUCGACUCGCGGGAGCUCGAGGACGAUGAGAAGGAGCUCCUGCUCCACCGGAUCGUGGUGGCAAACUCCGGCGACGCCCGCAGGUAAUUGCCGCGGGAGGGGAUCGCGGCGGCGCAGGUCUGGGCGGCGGUGGCGGAGCAAGUACUUGGCGACGGCGGCGGCGUUGAAGGUACGUGGCGGCGGAGGCGGAACACUUCCUGGUGGGCGGCAAUCACGCAGCUUGGCGGCGCCGGCCCCUGGAGACGCACGGGCGGCGGCGGAGGAAGAAGACAGGGGUGGAGGGACUUGUUUGCGAUUGUUUUAAAACUAUGAGGGCUUUUUUAUAAAAUUGGCAAUAAACUACGCCUGCGGCAUGUUUUUCGGGACGGAGGGAGUACAUACUACACAUACA